AAAAUAACCUUGUUCUUGUUAUUUUUUCUCUGGUUCGAUACCAGCUGAACGUCUUCUGUCAUUUGUUUCGUAAACUUUUAUUUUCAAACGUGAUAAAAUAAGAUGCAUAUAUUUUUUUGAAAAACAUGUUUAUUUAUAGAAUAUGUCUAGAAUAAGGGGAAUUGAAGUAAAAGUGCAAAAGGAAAUAUUGCAGACUCGGAAAUACGGACUUAAUGAAAUUCUCAAAAAGAAAAAUGAAGAUCUGUCUUCUAAUUCAAAGGAUGACGUUGAAAAACAACAAAUUACUGAUCUUCUGUACAAAUUACCAAAACUAGACAAGAUUUUUGAGGUGCACCGUAAAAUUGGUGAAGGCACCUUCAGCUCAGUGUAUCUGGGCUCUCUGAGACAGCACUCCACACUGCCCGACUCUGAGAAGAGAUGGUUUGCCAUAAAGCACCUUGUCCCUACUGCACAUCCUGCCAGAAUUGAGCAUGAACUGAGGUGUCUGCAGGACAUGGGGGGCAAAGAUAAUGUGAUAGGUGUGGAGCUGUGCCUUCGCCACUUGGACACCAUAGUGUUCAUUAUGCCUUAUAUACCUCAUAGGAAGUUUUCAGAGUACGUGAGUGACAUGGACGCGGCGGAGUUGCGCGAAUACAUGCGCGCGUUAGUGGUGGCGUUGCGGCACGUGCACUCUUUCGGCGUCAUCCACCGCGACGUCAAGCCCAGCAACUUCCUCUACGACCGCGACAACAGGAGGUAUUUGCUGGUGGACUUCGGUCUGGCGCAGCGUCUCUGCCCGCCGGCGGAGGCGGUGGAGCCCGCGCCGCCGCCCGCGCAUCUUAACAACACCAGGAAACGACCGCGGGAAGAGGAUGAUUCAUCCCCAGAGGCAAAGCGAGCUGCUCUAGAUUUAACUGUGGGCCCAAAAGAACCCCCGGUGCCGGCCCCCUCGCGAACCGUAGUGUUGUCCAAAACCGCAAUUGGACUUGCUAACGCCUCUAAGGCGUGGACGGGGGUGAAUGGCGGUGGUGUGGGGAGCGGCGCGGCUGCGGGCGCGUGCGCGUGCGCGUGCGCGUGCGCGGGCGCGGGCGGCGUGUGCAGCGCGUGCGCCGCGCGCCCGCCGCCGCGCGCGCCCCGCGCCGGCACGCAGGGCUUCCGGCCGCCCGAGGUGCUGCUGAAGUACCCGCACCAGACGACGGCGGUGGACAUGUGGGCGUGCGGCGUGGUGCUGGCGAGCGCGCUGUCGGCUCGGUACCCGUUCUUCCGCGCUGCCGACGAUGUCUCCGCACUCGCUGAGCUUGCUGACCUGGUGGGGUCCGCGGCGCUGCAGCGCGCGGCGGGGUCGCUGGGGCGGCGUGUGGUGACGUCAUCGCACCGGCGCGGCCUGUGUCUGCGCAAGCUGUGCGCGCGCCUGCGCCAGCCGCCCCCAGCCGCGCCCGCCGCGCACCCGCCCGCCGCACACCCGCCCGCCGCCGCCUGUCCGCGCUGUCGCCUGCCCGACACACAAUGCCUCUGCAAGGACGACACCAAGAGGGAGGAGGAUUUCGACCCGCAUGCGUUCGUGGCGGGGUUCCCGGACAGCGCGUUCUCGCUGGCGGCGCGGCUGCUGGACCCCAACCCGCGCACGCGCAUCUCCGCGGCGGACGCGCUGCACCACCCCUUCCUCAGCGCCUGCUGACCCGCGCUCACGGCACGGCUCGCGCGACACACGCGGGUGCCAACACUUGCGUGGCGUUCAGUGCGGGCAGUGAGGUUAGUGGAGGGAUAACACGUCCCUCCUCUAAACCCUGAGGGUCGGCAACGUGCCGACGAUGUUGUACGUCGUUGGGCUAUAGCAAUCACGUACUGUCUGGUUAAUAGUUUACUCACUCUGCUAUAAAAACUGCCACUAAAUAUGGCCACGGCCAUUCGUGAUAUCUUCCUUAUUAUACAGAUUUUAGAUAUGUUUAACCCCCAUCGCAAAAGGAGUGUUAUCAAUUUAACCCUUUAUAGUCAAGUGCGAUUAACUCCAAAGUAAAGCAUUUUUAUUAUACCCGCGUAUUUAGUUAGUUAAUUUGAUAAAGCAGCUGUCAUAAUGUUACACUCUUUGCCUGAAUAGUAUAUUAUAUGGCAUUAUACCCGGAUCCGAAAAGGGAAGUUAUGAUGACGGGUGCGAAUUGCUUCGUUGCCAUUUCGAACAAAAAUAUUUAUUGUAGCUUCGCGUUCGAGUAUUUUGUCGUGUGACAAACGUGUUAGCGGCAGAGAGAUGUGCAGAUGUCAAUGUUUAUGACCGGUCUGAAGUUGGCAACGAGUGGCGACCUAAUUGAUUUUAAAUAUUAACGAGUAUCGAUCGGAAUUGUUAGUUAAUUUUAAAUGAUAUCUCGCGGAUCAAUCCCGGGAAUGGAUCAAUCAGAAUAAGGGUUUGUUUAAUACCAACCCUUGUACUGAUGGGUCGCUGUCCAAAUAUAAUGAAUGAACUUUAAUACGUUUUUUCAUUAUUUUCGGGCGUGAUCCGCAGACAUUUCAUUAACUUCGACUAGUAUUAAUUUUUUUUUUAAUUUUAAAAGGAUCAAUACUACAUUAUUAGAGACGGAUAUUGUGACAAGCUUCAGACCAAUCAAACUUGUGUUAUAUUUAUUUAGCGCCCGUUCACUGCGUCAUUAAGUAUUACUCGUCGUAAAUAAGAGCGAACAAUUACUACCAAUUAUGCCUACUCGUACUUAAUUUAUUAUUUGUUUAUAAGAGCUCUAACCUUACCAAUAAAAUUCAUUAUACAAAGUUUUAAUCACUGAUUUGUGACUUUCUAAGUUACGUUAUAUAACUUGAAAGGACAAAACACUCGGUUAACAUAGAGUAACAUAUUUAUUGGUAAGUUAUUCGACGAAUAAAGCUACUUGAACAUUGUGGCGCUUAGAUGUUAAGUUAUAUUUUAAUUACUUGUAUAUGUCUUCCUUAGUUCAAUUUAAUACAAUAAUCGAAUACAACAUACAUAACUGUUAUAUUAGAAAUAGUUAUUAAUAAAUAUAUAGAAUACGCUUCAAUUGAAUAAAACUGCGCGACUUCUAAAGUGGCGUACACACUAGCGUAUUGUUAACGAGUGGUUACAGUAACGAAUAUACAAGCUAUACUCUACUACCCUUACAAAUUCAACUAUACACUUAUUAAGUCGUCAUAUAUAUGCUGCUAGUCUUUAUUGGUAUUAGUCAUGACUUCUGAGUAUUGUAAGUUUACUUCAUCAGUUUUGUUCACAUUUAGUCAUGAAGUUAGGUACAUAACAGUUCCUGUAGACUCACGCGCACGCUGGUUACUAUAUCGGCUACAAUACGCUAGAGUGGAUGCGAUAUAAAUCUCAAUAAUGAAGUGCCCACCGCGCAGUCAAUAUUGCAUACCAGACUAUAUACAAUGUAAUAUAAUGCUUGUUACUCAUACACGAACCGCUAAACGGCGUAACAACACACCGACCAAAAUAGCUUUAAAUUUAUGGUAGAUCAUAUUAGUUGGUUGAAAGACAAUAAGCCUUAUAAUAUUAUAAUCGAAUACAUAAAUAUGGUCGAUUGAAAAGGUUGCUCGUGUUGGCGAAAUAUCCUAAAAUCGCUGUCAGUUACUGUAAUGAAUCAAACAUUCUAAAUAAGUACAGUGUGAUUAUUGACUGACUACCUAUAGCUUAUCAAUAUUUUGUAAUGAGCGUGCUUUUAUGCUACUAGAUAGAAUAAUACAUACAAACGGUUGUGUUGUUACGCCAUCAUAAAAUCUAUGUACUUGACAAAUCAUAAGGCUGUGCAGUACCCCUUUUGGGAGCUAUUGUUGCAUGUUAUUCUCAAUAUAUUCAUAUUUACAUCAUAUCUGGAAAUGAACUGUUUAUGUAGUUUAGACUCAGAGUCAUGUAUUUAGUUGGCAAAUGUUUAAAUGAAGCAUGAAUAUUCAUGCCUGAUUCCACAUUAAGAUUUCUUGUCAUGGGUUACCGAGUAUAAAGAGUCCAAGUCUAGAAAACACUUGGCGAUUAAACUUUCAUGUUACUGCGUGUUCCACGGCAAGUAUGUCCAACGCUUUUAACAUUAAACAAGGAACUAAGCAUGAUUGUUACUGGACGUUGGUACAAGGCCUAAGUUACAGUUGUCGCUCGCUGUCAGUAGCGUUAACGUGGAGCGUCAUGUUGCCUGCUCAAUACAUGGUUUGACGUGAUAAGGUUUACGCAGGCUUUUUUGAGCUAUAAGAAAAAAAAUGUUGGUACUUUAGCUCCCGCCUUCACCUUUAAUGGUACUAUAUUUCUGAGUUUAGUCAAUUCGAUUGUGAAAUGAAUUAGUUUCUUAAUAUUAUGUUACCCUGUCUUCGCUAACUCGACAAUGAAUUUACAAAUAUGAUGGAUGUGUGUCGUGGCGAGAGGUUGGUCUUGUUAUUGUGAUUACAUUAGACGUCAAAGAUGAACGUAAGUCACUUCAAAGAGAUGCCCUCGCAUCUUCAGAGCUGUAACAAAUUGCUCACAUUAUAAUUGAAGUACCUAUAAAAGGAAAGCUACAUGAAUUUGUGUUAUGUUUUAUAUCCAAGUUCUUCUCAGUAUUUAUUUUACAAUGUAUUAAUGUAUCCAUUUUGAUGCGUUUUCAAUAUUGGUGAAUAGACACGAGUUCUACAAAACAGAUAAAAAUGUCUCGUAAAGUUCGGUACUUAUUGGCGUAUACUGACCGUUGACUACUUUCGCGCCGUAACACUAUGAAGGAUUUUACAAUCUGUCAUUUAAAUCUACGACACAGCAUACGCUUUUAUAAUUCUACAUGAGUUCCCGUAGCAGUUAUUGCGAAUUAUUUAUCGUAGUACGUUAGUGUAUAGCAUCGAAGGUUGUCAGUCUGUCCGUCACGUCUGUACGCAUCAUGAGAUCACUGCAAUCAAUGCUCUGUUGAAAUAACAAAUGUAUCGAGUAUUUUCUUCUACUCAAUUGAUCAUUACCAUUUAAAAAUUGUAUAGUGAUCCAAAUAAUAUCUGAACGGAUACAAUAAGUAUGUUUUAAUUGUUUUUGUGUCGUAUUUUGUGUAAUGACGUACAGAAGUGACGCCAGAAACCUUAAUUUACGCUCAGACACGAAGUUGUCGUUUAAUUUACUGUUGUUUAGUUGUAAAGAGAUCUCAGAAUUAGUUACAUAUCAGUACAAAGUAGAAUAUGGUAGAUGGUCCCGCGCCCGCUCCCGCGGCCUGCAAGUGCAAGUGUGCAAGUGCCUUAAUACUUGUGUUCAGAAGACGUUGUGUUACCUCAUUGUUGACAACCUCUGAUUAAACUCAAUACCAAAUUA